AGCAGGCACUGACGUGGCUGCCGUCAGAGCCGCCAUCUUGUGGGAGCGAAACCAACGCCUGCCUCUGAGCAGCAGCAGCGCUGCGGCCGUCGAGGGUGAGGCUGGGCAGGGGCCGAGGAGGGGGCGAGGGCCAAGGUUUCUCUGGCCAGUGUUGCUCCCACCAGUCUACAGCAUGGGGAAUAUCUUUGCAAACCUCUUCAAGGGCCUUUUUGGCAAGAAAGAAAUGCGCAUUCUCAUGGUGGGUCUAGAUGCUGCGGGAAAGACCACCAUCCUGUACAAACUGAAGCUGGGUGAAAUCGUGACCACCAUUCCCACUAUAGGCUUCAACGUGGAAACCGUGGAGUACAAGAACAUCAGCUUCACCGUGUGGGACGUGGGCGGCCAGGACAAGAUCCGGCCACUGUGGCGCCACUACUUCCAGAACACGCAGGGUCUCAUCUUUGUGGUAGAUAGUAAUGACAGAGAGCGUGUGAAUGAGGCCCGAGAGGAGCUCAUGAGGAUGCUGGCAGAAGACGAGCUCAGGGACGCUGUUCUGCUUGUGUUUGCUAACAAACAGGACCUUCCCAAUGCCAUGAAUGCAGCCGAGAUCACCGACAAGCUGGGCCUACACUCUCUGCGCCACAGGAACUGGUACAUUCAGGCCACCUGUGCCACCAGUGGUGAUGGGCUCUAUGAGGGACUGGACUGGCUGUCCAAUCAGCUCCGGAACCAGAAGUGAGCUGUACACCUCUCUCCUCCCCUCUCACUCCCUCUUCUACCCUUGCUUUACUCUCAUGUGGCAAACGUGCCCCUGUGGUGUGAGUGCCAGAAGCUGUCUCCAUGGUCAGUCACAGUGUGCUUCACCAUGCUGUAAAUGUGCAGACGCAGCCUGCAACUGGGUUUUUAUUUAAUGUAAAUAGUUUUUGUUUCCAAUGAGGCAGUUUCUGGUACUCCUAUGCAAUAUUACUCAGCUUUUUUUAUUGUAAAAAGAAAAUCAACCCACUGUUUAGUACUGAGAAGGGAUUUUAGGCACACGGGUCCUCUAGGAGUCACGUGUCAGACAGGCCCAAUCCUCCUCCUCUGGGCUUUAGAUCUGUGUUGAGAUCCAUUUUGGUGGUUGGUUUUUAACCCAAACUCAGUGCAUUUUUUAAAAAUAGUUACAAAUACAAGAUAAGGAGAACACUUGAACACACAGAAGGGAGAAAUGUGCCUAGUGUAGGUUCUGCAGUAAUCGCCUGAGUCCAGUCCACUGGUGGUCUGUUUCCCAUUGGGAACAUGAAAUGAAAUGGAGCAGAACCAGCCAUGAUCCAUUCUGCAUGGUCACAAUAGGAUCCCUCUGAUUGGCUCUGUCUUGGGUCAUCCCACACCCCAUUGCGUUUUUGCUUGUAUUUGUGCUCACAUGGCCGCCCAGGAGAUGGACUGGAGCUGCAGCCACUGCUCCCAGACCCCUUGGAGGAACCCCAGCCUUUUCUUGAGUCAACAUGGGCACCUUGGUUGGAACACUCUGGCUGGAGCGGGAGCCCUGCAGUCCCCUUGCUUGCCUGCUCCGGGCUCUCUGGGGUCUCACCAGCAGGAGCAUGGGUGGUCAUCCUAGAGCCCCAGCCCCUUGGAGCCCCUGUCUACAUGUGCUUUCACGCCCUUAGCCUGCAGGGGUCAGAUUUGCCAUCGAAAAUGAUAACCUCUACUUUUUUCUUUUGUAUUUUGAUAAACACUGAAGAAGCUGGAGCUGUUAAACUUUAUCUUGGGGAAAACCUCAGAACUGGUUUAUUUGGUGUCGUGGAACCUCUUACUGCUUUCAAUACACGAUUAGUAAUCAACUGUUUUGUAUACUUGUUUUCAGUUUUCAUUUCGACAAACAAGCACUGUAAUUACAGCUAUUAGAAUAAAAUCUCUUAACUAUUU